AUGGCCCGGCGGGCGGGCUGGGGGCUCUGGGCCGCGCUGGGCUGCGGGCUGUGCCUGCUGGCGGGCGGGCAGGAGCCGUGGCGGCAGCUCAUCCAGUGGGAGAACAACGGCCGCGUCUACAGCCUCCUCAACAGCGGCGCCGAGUACGUCCCGCCGGGGCAGGAGCGCCCGCCCGGCAGCCGCUUGUUGCUGGCGGGGGCGGCGGGCAGCGUCCGCCGGCAGGCUCCGGGCUCCGGGACGGUGCGGGGACAGGCGAGACACCCCUUCGGCUUCGGGCAGGUGCCCGAGAACUGGCGGGAGGGCCCGGUGGGCGACGGCGCGGCCGCGCAGCGGCGACCGCCCGCCCGAGCGCGCCAGCCUUCAUCCUCAGCGGCGUCAGCAUCAGCAUCCUCCUUCGCGUACGCCUCGGCGGGGCAGCCGCCGUACCCCCAGUACCCCUUCGCCCCGCAGUACGAGCCCUACGAGGCGCCCCGGGCCUACGACGAGGCUUUCACCUAUUACCGGAGCACCGGGACCGGCGGGGCGGCCGUGGCGGCGGGGGCGGCGGCGGGGGCCAGCGUGGUGUACCCCUUCCAGCCCCGCGCCCGCCACGAGGACUACGGCGAGGAGCAGAGCCCCUACAGAGCCCACUACCCACCACCCGAACGGCCCUACGUGCCCGCCGUGCCCCAGCCGGUGGACGGGCUGGACCGGCGGUAUUCCCAUAGUUUGUACCACGACACCGGGAUUGCGCCGGAGCAGAGCCCGGACUCGUACGCCAACCAACAAGCCGUCAACCACGGCGUGGCCUCCACGGAUAACCUCCAAGCGGCCGUCGGGACUGGGUACGGGGGUCAGUACCCACCCUACGAGCCGCAGCCCCCGUUCCGGGUGGUGGAGCCCUACGGGGUCCCUCGUCCCGAGUCCUACCUGCCCGCCAGGAGCCCUGAAAUCCCCCAAGCUGUCCCUGAUAGCCAAGCCCGGGUCAGCGUGGGCAGCGUCUACAGGCCCAGCCACGGCGGACGGGGUCUCCCUGACUUGGUGCCGGACCCCAACUAUGUGCAAGCAUCCACCUACGUGCAGCGAGCUCACCUGUACUCACUGCGCUGCGCCGCCGAGGAGAAGUGCCUGGCCAGCACCGCCUACACCCCCGAAGCCACCGACUACGACGUGCGGGUGCUGCUGCGGUUUCCCCAGCGGGUGAAGAACCAGGGCACAGCCGAUUUCCUGCCCAGCCGGCCCCGGCACAGCUGGGAGUGGCACAGCUGCCACCAGCACUACCACAGCAUGGAUGAGUUCAGCCACUAUGACCUGCUGGAUGCCAGCACGGGCAAGAAGGUGGCCGAGGGCCACAAGGCCAGUUUCUGCCUGGAGGACACCACCUGCGAUUUUGGCAACCUGAAGCGCUACGCCUGCACCUCCCACACCCAGGGCUUGAGCCCGGGUUGCUAUGACACCUACAAUGCCGACAUCGACUGCCAGUGGAUCGAUAUAACGGAUGUGCAGCCAGGGAACUAUGUCUUGAAGGUUCAGGUGAACCCCAAAUACAUCGUCCUGGAGUCAGACUUCACCAACAACGUGGUGAGGUGCAACAUCCACUACACCGGGCGCUACGUCUCCACGACAAACUGCAAGAUUUCCCAAUCUUGAUGGGAGCAGGGCCAGAGGGAUGUCACCUGCCUCAGCCUCUGUCCCCCUCUUCA